UACGUCCGUUCUAUAUUUAGAUCCAUGUCAUACAAAAUGGGGUCAUUUGAUUUCUUUCAAAACGAAAGUGGGUGCAGUGGUUGUUGAUGGUCACAAACAGAUGCAUGUAUUUCAAUAGCCGCUUGAAACAAACACCAGUCGUGACAACAAGAGUGGCGAGGAUUGAAUGACCACACCAUGGACAGGUUGCUUCAAGAGAGAGAGACUUCCAGAAAGAGGACAAAUACAUGGGAUGGUACCAAGACUUUAGUAUUUCGUGACGUUGACGAUGCCAGGCAUGUAACACUGGAACAGAGUACGGAGGUAGUCGACAUCACACCCAAUCACCAUGCACUGCAUCAGAUUUGUUCAACGGGAAAACCUGAGGACCACCAAGAAUUGAUCCGUCUGACAUGGGACAGUGUUGACCCCAGAUCCUGUCUCCGAUCGUCUUAUGAAACCGUCCACAGCGAUCAGAACUUACUCGAGACGAUCGUCCAAUGUCUUUGUGAAAACAAUUUCAGCACUCUCCGCAAACUAUGUCGCACAUUUUACAAUGCAUAUACAACCAAGCUCACCUGCAUCAAAAUCAACCCACUGACCUUCACCUUCCUUCAUCGGAGCGGGCAAGAAGAAAUGAGACACCUCGGACCAAAACUGGCCAGCGUUUUGAAAAACCAACUUUCCGAAAGCCUCCCUGAAACUGAUGAUGUGAAACUGAACCUUCAGUUCUGUACUGACGACACUGUGUCAAGAGACUAUUGCAUGCAGAUACCAGGAGAAAGUGAAACAGAAAUGCGUUUUUCACAGAUGGAGAAACAGAUCGAGUCACUCCGAUGUAUGUUUGAGGAGCAGAGAAUUGGAAGAACGUUUAAUUCACCGUCACUUUCCACUGGGCCCGUAUUCAGACAAUAUGAAGAACGUGACCCAGGAAAUCAGAAUCAUGUUGCUGGUCCGAUAUCCUCUAGUGACGGGGCAGCUGAGAAAUGCGCAGGAGCAGCAGAAGGUAAAGGGUUAACACAGGAGACACUUCCGGUCACCACCCCAGUAGCCGUUACUGGAGCACCAACGUCAGUUGCUAAGUUUCGACAAGUCAAUCAAAUGACAGGAAUAACGGGCACGUGCCCAAAUAUAGACAACACAGAGGGUUCCGCAGAAGUUACAAUGGUACCAAAACAUGCCCUAGACCCUAACCACACAGGGGACAAAGCAGGAGUCACACAACCUUCAAGUCUUGGACUGUCAUCGACGGGUGGAUUUGGUGGAGCGCCGGGGUUGUCAGACCUAAAAAAUAUAAAAGUUGUCGAACGAAGACCGUCCCUUGGUGAAGAUCAACCAUCUGCCACAACAACAGCAGGAAAUACCAAAGCAUCUCAGCAAAGCUUUAACUACGAAGGAAGGAAAACAAAAAACAGCAAUUGGAUGAAAGUGAAUCCAGCGCCACCGACGGCAAAAAGCAUGAAUACCAUCCUGUGUCUCGAUGCAUCCUCAAGUAUGGGACCAGAUGGAUUUGAGGAAAUGAAGAAGAUCGCUUGUAGUUUCAUUGACGGACUUGAAGACAUCACAUCUGAGUAUGAGAUAGAGGAGAAUGUUGCUGUGGUAGCCUUUGGGGGAACUCCGCGGGUUGUACAUCACCUCAGCAAUGACUACGGGAGUGUGAUAACUGCCAUCGAAAAUAUUCCGUUUGGUGGUAGAUCACCGCUUUUCGAAGCACUCAAAGAAUGUCUUCAGGAGCUGAAUGACCGAGGGUCCACCCUAAGUAUCUCCGGCGUUCAUAGCAUCCCACCCCGCAUCAUCAUCAUUACCGAUGGGAAGGCGUCCAAUGAUGCAAAUGUCGGAAUCGAUGUGGAAACUAUCGACGACAACGUGAAAUUGCAAGUCAUCCAAAUGAUGAAAGAAUUUCGGCCAUCGGAAUACAGGUCCACUCUUCCAAGACCGAUAGCAUGGAUUCCUGCGGGCAAUGCCAACUUGGACUUCAUCAAGUCACUUGCGAAACUGGCAGGCGGUAUAUAUCUUUCUGGGGCAGACAUCACACACUUGUGCAAAUACCAGAUGGUUCAGAUAACCAUCGGGAAGAUAUUUGUGUGUAUGCAGAACAACAUUGGAUGCAGCGGCUCAGGGAACGAGACAGACAUCAAUGAGAUUUUGAACAUCUUUGCUAGGGAUUUGGAUCCCGAAGAUAAGGAAGAAGUAAUCAAUACUGUAAAGGACAAGCUUAAAGGAAAGCCAGGGGUUGAGUGUGAAGGCCAUGGCCCUGCAGAUUUCGACAACGUCAUUGAACAUGACGAUCCCGUACUGGCUUGCCUUGGAACCAGGGUUGUGAGGGGGCCCGACUGGAAAUGGGGCAACCAAGACACUGAUGGAGCUGGGACAGUCAUCAACCACACAAACGACCCAAGAUACCUUUAUUGGAUUUGGGUGCACUGGGACAAUGGCACUCACAAUAAGUACAGAUAUGGAAGGGAUGGAGCAUUUGAUGUGAAAAGCGUGGAAUGUCGGCCGAGGAUAACUGAAUCUUUGAUUGACAUUGGCUGCGAAGUUCAGAGAGGCUCAGAUUGGCAGGAUGAGCAUGGAGAUCAAGAUGGCGGUCCUGGGGGUGUUGGUGUUGUCAUCAGGGUGAAGGACAACGGGAUGGUGAAGGUACGCUGGAAACUGACUCACCAUAUCAAUGAAUACAAAUAUGGAUAUGAUGGGAAAAUGGACCUGACCUUGAGAGAUCCGGUAGAUAUUGUGAUGGAGAACACAAGAGAUGACACUCCAGGUACCGAGGCGUCAAAAGACCCAGCUUACCCUCCUCAAACUCAGUGGAUGUGGCUGUGGAAGGAUGAAGCAGGUCACUGGCUGUCCUACAGUGAGGAAGAUGAGAAGAGGCUGGAACAGGCCUACAGGAAACGUCAGAAUGGGUCCUGUCUUAUAAGCAUCAACGGCACGCAGUACAGGGUGCUUUUCAAGGAGUGGCAACAGCGGCGACUGGAUGACAAUGUCAGAAUGGAAGUUCAAAGAAGACCAAUGGAUCAAUGAUUUCAUAUUUCACAAGCAUCAAUGAACAUGAACCGUAUUGGAUCCACUGGUGACUGAUACCAGUACAUUCAUGCAUACUGCUUAAAUAAAGACGAAUUUUUAAACUUACAUUAUAUGACACAUCCAUAUCAUAUUCAAUAAAGCACUACUUUUGCCUUUUAUGCCAAAACAGAACAUCUUUCAACCGAAAAUUCAAUUUUCACUUCCUGAUAUCAAUGUCCAAUUUUACAGUACUUUAUUAAUGAAAAUAGCAACAUGCUAGCAUCAGAACAUCCUUGAUAAUAUCCAGGGUAUACGUUCGUUCCGAUAACUCUCCACUAUACCCUGGAUGCAUCUAUGGUUUGAGGUGAUGAUUUUAUUACCUCCCUUUGCUGGCUCCACAUUCUCACUGUAGCCAGUCAGAUAAGCCGCUGUUACAACCGAGCUUGCCAUUGUCAACAAAAAUAGCAGUCGUAGCCACGAAAGUUUGGGGGAAACAUAGACGAAUGGACUGGUCUGAAAUCUUAAAAUAAAUAUGCAAGAACUCCUUCUACCUCUUUCAGAGUACCUCUGCAACAAUAUAUUAUUGUGUUGCCAAGUUUAAUCGGUUAGAUAAUUAAAAAGCGAAAGUGAGUUGUGAUUGGUACACUCAACUUCCCAGCGUUGACACCUGAUUGGGUAAAUAGCCAGCCAAGGGAGGCAAUAAAAUCAUCGACUCGAGCCGUAGAUGCAUCCAGGGUAUAUUGGAGAUUUAUCGGAACGUAUGCCCUGGAGAUUAUCAAGGAUGGCGUCAGAAAGGUACACACGAAAUGUAUUUCCACAAGGUCAAUAAUCAAUGCUGCAAUGUAUUACAUCUUCCUAUUCGUAAAAUAUUUUCCAUUGCUAAUAUUGUAACCCUAACAUAUUAUGUGACAUGCUCAAUACCGUUUAGGCCACUGGAGCCUUACGAACAAUAAGAUUAUCUAUUGUAUAGGUUAGAGUGCUAUGAACAAAUUUCUCUGAUUAAAAAUUGACAUAUGCAAUUGCAUCUGAAAUAUUUCUAAAGAUGUUGUAAGAUGACCUUCCACAAUUUAUUAAAUAAGGAAAUGUUCAGUAAAGUGUGAUGUGCAUCAGUUUUGUGGCUUAUGCAUAGACUACUUCAUCCACAUCAUGUAGGACUUUGCAUGGAAGAAUCAUGCACCUUCUUCUGAUGUUUGUGCAAGUCCUGGGCAUGCUUGUACCGUUUGUUGCACAGUGUGCAAGGCAGUCUAAAGUCAGUGUGGCCCCUGGUGUGUCGUUCAACAUGUGUCCGAGUCUUAAACCGCUUCCCACAAACUUGGCACAAGAACGGUCGAGUGCCAACAUGAAUGUUCUGCACAUGGUUCUUCAGAAUGGACUUGUCAGCAAACUUCAGUCCACACUGAGAACAGGAAUAUGGCCGUUCUCCAGUGUGCUUCAACCUGUGUCUGUUGAGGUUGGACUGGUUUGAGUAGAUCUUCCCACAAGUCUCACACUGCAUAGACUGUGUCCCCUCAACACUUGCCCCUAGAACUCUCGGCUUGGUACACCUCCUCAGUGCUUCAUGCUUCACAAGUGCUUUUGAUGAAGAAAAAUACCUUUCACAAAUGUGACAACAAAAAUUCACUCCAUUUGGAUGAGAAACUUUGUGAUGUGUAUUUAGUGACUUAACACUAGCAAACACUUUAAAACAAAGUUGGCACUUAAGGAAAUGUGUCAGAUCACACUGGGCACGUCUCUUGUGUUUCAGGUAGCUUGUCCUCCUGCUGUAGGUCUUGUCACAGACAGAGCAAUGGUACCCUCCAUCCUGGGUCUGUUCCAAGUGGGUCAUCCUGUGACUCUCAAGCAUCUUUUUGCUUGAAAAAUGCUUGAAACAAGUGCUGCAGCUGUAAUACCUACACCCCUUCUUGGACACUUUAUGACGGAAUAUGCUUGUUUUUGUUGAAUAUACCUUGUUGCAAUUUUUACAAAAAUAUGGUUCAAUUUUUUUCCUUAGAUCUUUCCCAUCCCCUUUGGAACAAUUUCUCAGUGUGGUGUGUGUUCCAAGGCCACAUUUGCUGUGAAACUGCAGAUCACAUGACUCACAUUUGAAAGCAAUGUCUGGUAAACUAUGCUGAGGUCUUUGCAGCUGUGUCUGGUGUCGGCAAGUCCUGUCCCUGAUGUUUACUCCACGUUCACCAACAUGCUGCAAAAGUUGACAGUGACUAGAGAAUGUCUGUGCACAUACCCUACACUUUACUGAGUUGCCUGAAGUCAUUAUUUUUCUGUGAUUCACAAACAAAGAUAUACUCUGAUAUGUCCUGCCACAAACCUGACACUGGUAAACACCAUCUGCUACCUUUAGUGCUUGAACCAACCUAGCACAACCCUUCAGAUGUCUGUGAAGAUUCGUCUUACAAGAAAAAACCUUGCCACAUGUAUAACAUUUGCAAACUUCUUCAUGAGCCACUUCCAUGUGUCUGUUCAUUAUUGUCCGACUGGUAAAAUCUUCACAACAGAUUCUACACAUAUACCUUCUUUGACAUUUGUGUCUCAAGAAUACCAUCCUGGAAGAAAAACAUAACUGACAAAGAAGACACAAUACAUUGUUCCCCUGUUCCUUACAAUGUCCCUGAUAAUGUUGUUUCAGCAGACACUGAGACACACACAUCUUCUGACAUAGCUCACAUUUAAGUUUGUUUGUCCUCUCUUCCUCUUUAUGCCUCAAAUAAAGUCUCUGCAAAGGGAAGACAAGUUCGCAAUCGGAACAAAUGUGUUUUCUACGGACUUGUUUCAUCUUAAAGAUAUUUCUCCUCCUUUUAAAUUGGUACCAUGUGUGUGCUUGAGAUACCCUGUUAACUGUUACAGGUUUCAAGCUGGUAUCUUUAACAUCUUCACAGUCAUCAGUUUCAGAGUAUUCUUGAGGAUCUGCAUCCCAAGUGUAUUGCCAGGGUGCUGAUGUCAAGGUAUUUUCGCCAACAGAUGAUAUUCGACUCCUGAUUUCUAACUCAGCUGGCUUUACUACAUUUGUCUUGGAAGAUGUUGACAAAUAAGCUGCUGUAUUGGAAAAUGCCGUAGAAACUGAUUCACAAAAGUCCAUACCUGCCCUCUUUGAGGCAUCCACUAUUUCAUUGACUUCAUCCUCUUUAAAUGUGGAUGGAACAUAUGGAACAUGAAUCCUGGUGCCAGAUGUGCAUGAUGAACCUAAACUCUGGGGAAUUGUUUCCAGGCAAUGUUUUCCUGCUUUAAGAGUGACGGCUGUAUUUAAGUCAGAAGUGUUCCUUCUUUCUGAUGGUUCAUCCCUUACAGAAACAUUCGCAACCACACAAAUCUUGUCGGAUGAAAUUGAAGCAUCACCCAAAUCAACAAAUGACCUCGAAAAGCGGAUCACCACAUCAUUAGAAAGCACCAGGACUGCAGAUAACGAUUCGUUUGGAAAGAAUUUUGAAAAUUGACGGGAUUGGUGUGUGUUAUCUCCUCCUGGUGGGUUUGAAUCAUACACAUUUUUUCUCUCUCCAACUUUCAUGAACACUGGCUUGUCCUCGGUCUGUAAGACAUACAGAUAUUAGAAAAAUGUUAGGAUAUGUGAACACUUCAGGUUCAAAUAAAUAAAACAUGAUAAGCUUGACAAAAUAUUGUUUCUGAUAAACUGCUCAAAUCUGAAAUAAAGACUGAAUCCAUUGUU